AUGGCUCGCAUGUUCUUCUUGGUGCUCCCAUGCCUUGUGGCAGCAGAACCGCAGGCUCUUCGUGGUGCAGAUGUGCCACGCAAGCUCUUCGAUGAUGUGGCUUGCACUGGCAGCGGAGGCUUGUCCCAGGACUCCCCGUCAUGCUACGGAGGCCAAGUGCUUGUCGAGAGCUUCUCGCUUCACGUCCUCAGCUACGACGGCUCCACAGGUAUUGUGGACCUCAAGGCAGAAGGACCACAGGCGGCCGAGUGCGCUGGCGCAACAUUCCAAAACGAUGACAAUGCGAUCACCAUUGAGAAUGACAACGGAUGUGGGUUGGCCAACUACGAGUACUCCGUGAGGUAUUGCCCAGACCAGGACUAUGUGAUCGUGAAUCUGGUGAAGCCCUACGCCGUGCGUGUGGUGCUGCAGAGCCAGACGUGCCCAAGCGGAGCAGGGGAGGUUUGA